AUGCCCGCGGCCCGGCCGCCCGCCGCGGGACUCGGCGCCAUCCCGCUGCUCGUCGCCCUGCUCCUCCGGGGGAGCCCCGCGGCCGCACUGGCGGGAGAUGUGGGACCAGAGGGCGCCUUCGGUCCUUCCGAUCCUUACCUGCUGCCCUCCGACGCGCUGGACAGCGGCAGCCUGAGCAAAGAGAGCCCCGAGGAAGGGGUGACGAUGGUCCCUGCGACCCCCGCGCAGUCGGGGGAGGAGCUCGGGGGGCCGGAGCUGGAAGGAACAGGACCCUCGGCGCAUCCCCAGCCCCCGGCUCUGUCGCCGCUGCUUCCAGAGGAGACGGGCCCCGAGCACAGGGUCCCGCCCCAGAGGAAGCCGCCGGCCAUCAGGCAGGGGCACCUGUGGCCACCGGCCACUUCAGCAGCGGCGGUCCCAAGCGCAGGGUCCCGCGCCGCGCGCCCGGCCCUCCUCUCCUCCGCCACUGAGGAGCCCCGUCCCCCGGGGGACCUGGACCCUGUGGUGGCCUCCGAACCGUCCUCGGAGGUGCACGGCUGGCCGGAGCGGGAGGAGGGGACGGUCCCCACCACGCCCGCGCCGCCACAGCUGGCACCCUUCACCUCGCAACCCUGGGUGGCGCACACGCUCCCGCAGGGGCCCGGCCCCCAGGAGCCCGCUGCGCCCCAGGACGCCCACGAGGCCACCCCCGACGACGCCAGCACCGGGACCCUGAUGGACAAAGGCGACAACGAGCUGACAGGCUCGGCCUCCGAGGACAGCCAGGAGACCACCACGUCCACCAUCGUCACCACCACGGUCAUCACCACCGAGCAGGCGCCAGCCCUCUGCAGCCUGAGCUUCUCCGACCCCGAGGGCUACAUCGACUCCAGCGACUACCCGCCGCUGCCCUUCAACAGCUUCCUCGAGUGCACCUACAACGUGACCGUCUACACCGGCUACGGGGUGGAGCUCCAGGUGAAGAGCGUGAACCUGUCUGAGGGGGAGCUGCUGUCCAUCCGCGGCGUGGACGGCUCCACCCUGACCGUCCUGGCCAACCAGACGCUCCUGGUGGAGGGGCAGGUGAUCCGAAGCCCCACCAACACCAUCUCCGUCUACUUCCGGACCUUCCAGGACGGCGGGCUCGGGACCUUCCAGCUGCACUACCAGGCCUUCAUGCUUAGCUGCAACUUCCCCCGCCGGCCCGACUCGGGGGACGUCACCGUGAUGGACCUGCACUCGGGCGGGGUGGCCCACUUCCACUGUCACCUGGGCUAUGAGCUGCAGGGCGCCAAGACACUGACCUGCAUCAACGCCUCCAAGCCCCACUGGAGCAGCCCGGAGCCCGUCUGCUCAGCCCCCUGCGGAGGAGCCGUGCACAACGCCACCAUCGGCCGCGUCCUCUCCCCCAGUCACCCUGCCAAUGCCAACGGAAGCCAGUUCUGCGUGUGGACCAUCGAGGCCCCCGAGGGACAGAAGCUACACUUGCACUUCGAGAGGCUCUCGCUGCAUGACAAGGACAGGAUGACCGUCUACAGCGGUCGAACCAACGCCUCGGCGCUUCUCUACGACUCCCUCCGCACCGAGAGCGUCCCCUUCGAGGGUCUGCUGAGCCACGCCAACAGCAUCCGCAUCGAGUUCACGUCCCACCAGGGCCCCGCGGCCACCGCCUUCAACAUCCGCUUUGAGGCCUUCGAGAAGGGCCACUGCUACGAGCCGUACCUGCAGAAUGGGAACUUCACCACGUCCGACCCCACCUACAACAUCGGGACCGUGGUGGAGUUCAGCUGCGACCCUGGCCACUCCCUGGAGCAGGGGCCCGCCAUCAUCGAGUGCAUCAAUGUGCGAGACCCCUACUGGAACGAUACAGAGCCCCUGUGCAGAGCCAUGUGUGGUGGGGAGCUCUCGGCCAUGGCUGGGGUGGUGCUGUCUCCAAACUGGCCAGAGCCCUACGCGGAGGGCGAAGACUGUGUCUGGAAGAUCCACGUGGGGGAAGAGAAGCGCGUCUUCCUGGACAUCCAGUUCCUGAACCUCAGCAACAGUGACAUCCUGACCAUCUACGAUGGCGAUGAGGUCACGCCCCACAUCCUGGGGCAGUACCUUGGGAACACUGGCCCCCAGAAACUCUACUCCUCCACACCGGAUCUGACCAUCCAGUUCCACUCGGACCCUGCCGGCCUCAUUUUUGGAAAGGGUCAGGGAUUUAUCAUGAACUACAUAGAGGUAUCAAGGAAUGACUCCUGCUCAGACCUGCCCGAGAUUCAGAACGGCUGGAAGACCACUUCCCACACGGAGCUGGUGAGGGGGGCCAGAAUCACGUACCAGUGUGACCCGGGCUACGACAUUGUGGGCAGCGACACCCUCACCUGUCAGUGGGACCUCAGCUGGAGCAGUGACCCCCCAUUCUGUGAAAAAAUCAUGUACUGCACCGACCCGGGGGAGGUGGACCACUCGACCCGCCUGAUCUCGGACCCCGUGCUGCUGGUGGGCACCACCAUCCAGUACACCUGCAACCCGGGCUUCGUGCUGGACGGCAGCUCGCUCCUCACCUGCUACAGCCGCGAGACCGGGACGCCCAUCUGGACCUCCCGCCUGCCCCACUGCGUCUCGGAGGAGUCCCUGGCGUGUGACAACCCAGGCUUGCCUGAAAAUGGAUACCAGAUCCUGUACAAGCGACUCUACCUGCCCGGCGAGUCCCUCACCUUCAUGUGCUACGAAGGCUUUGAGCUCAUGGGCGAAGUGACCAUCCGGUGCAUCCUGGGACAGCCAUCCCACUGGAACGGGCCCCUGCCUGUCUGUAAAGUUAAUCAAGACAGUUUUGAACACGCUUUAGAAGCAGAAGCGGCAGCAGAGUCGUCGCUGGAAGGCGGGAACGUGGCCCUGGCCAUCUUCAUCCCGGUCCUCCUCAUCUCCUUGCUGCUGGGCGGAGCCUACAUUUACGUCACCAGGUGCCGCUAUUACUCGAGCCUCCGCCUGCCCCUCAUGUACUCCCACCCCUACAGCCAGAUCACCGUGGAGACCGAGUUUGACAACCCCAUUUAUGAGACCGGGGAGACCAGAGAGUACGAGGUUUCUAUCUGAAGGAGCCGCACCUGAGAAGGGAGCCUGCGGACGUCGCUUCAGUCACGACCCCGGGGGACCCCCAUCCAGAGACCACAUGGCAUUUGAUGGAAGCCCUUCCCCCCCGCGCCCGCUGUCUUUUCCUUAGACUCUUCAUUGGAGAUUUACUGUUUUCUUCACUGUAUUUAUUAUAUUUAAAAUUGAAAUAGGUGUGGUUCCAGGUAUCGCAGCUGCAGCCGGGUUCAAGUGACCGCCUCGAUCCUGAAGGCCGCUGGGAGGUUUGCAGAGCGGCCAAGGGCAGCAGAAGAAGGAAAAGCACCAACCCCGCCCCCCCCAACAAAAACACCCGCUACGGCUGCAUCGGACUGCAUGCGUCUCGGACACCCACGCCCACGGAGGUGGGCUCCAAACCCAAGUCCCAAGAUCAGUCCAAAAAGGGUCUUUCUCGUUGGGUUACCUCGCCUUGGACUUUAGCACAGGGCUGACACCCAUUCUGGUUUGCUCGUCUUUUCCAAUCUGACCAGCUUCUAAUGCUCUUGCCCUCAUCUCCUCCUUCCCACGGGCCUUGAGAAGGCAGCAAAGAUGUCCCCUAAGCCAGGCACAGUGGCCCACGCCUGCCAUCCCAACAGCUCAGGGAAGGCUAAGGCAGGAGGAUCGUGAGUUCAAAGCCAGCCUCAGCCACAGCGAGGCCCUAAGCAACUCAGUGAGACCCUGUCGCUAAAUAAAAUGCAAAAUAGGGCUGGGGUGGGGCUCAGUGGUCCAAGACCCUGAGUUCAAUCCCUGGCACCAAAAAAAAUAAAAUAAAGAUGUCACCUAAGUAUCCUCUUGUGCCACCCUGGCCUUACUGGGCACCGGCAAAAUAAGAAAAUGUUUUCUUUCUAGAAAGGUGAUAAAUGACGGAGGAAAAUUUUCAGAGAAGACAUGAGAUUUGAGAGUCCCAAUGAAACAUUGGGUGAGGGGAAGAUUGAGCGAGGGAAUUGAGUUAAUAAAAUGUCCUUUCCUUUGACACUCCUUCAAUGAUAAAAGAGCAGGUCAUUUACACUGCAAGUGCCAGAAUCGAUCACCUUGUUUGGCAGGGCCAGUCUCAGGCUGUGAUAAUAAAUCCACGGGCUCAGAAGGACGGCAGAGUCUGCAUGGGGGGGAGGAGGCAGCCUGCUGGAAAUCCAGGGGAGCUGCUUCUGUUGUGGGGGUGCUGCAGCGUCUCGGCCUUUGAAACGGGAGAGGGCGGACUGCAUAGCUCUGCGAAGGACAGAAGGACGCUACCUUGAGGACGCGCUGGCUCUUAAGUAUCUCCGCAGGGUGGAGGGGCCUGGGAGCGUGGGAACAGGGGCCAGGGCUAAGUGCGCAGUGGGAAGGACGACUUCUGGCCAGACCCAUCUGGACGUCCAGGAGGACGGGAGGAGGACGUUCAGGUCGUGCCACUGAGUCGAAUCCCGUCUUUGUGCUGCAGCCCGGAAGGAACCACCCAGAAGCAGCCAGCGGUGAUCAUGUGACUCCGACAGGCAGCACACGGGCUCGGUGGCUUUGACGCCCUCCCACGCUCUCUUAAAUCUGCUGGUUUUCAAACAAGGAAAGAAAAAGUCCUUCCCGGCUGCCGUGCCCCACAGAGAACAGCUGGGAGUCCAUCUUUGGACAGUUGCUUUGGAGACGUCCAGAGGGGGACGGGGAGCCGGGUCUGAGCGGGCAGGUCCUCCCCCAGCAGGAGCCCAGACCUUCAUCCAGGGGGACACGGUGGGGGUCGGAGGUGGCAAGGUUUUCCUUCUGCCAGAAGAGAAUCCUGCGUGGGUGCUCCCCACAGUGGACGCCCGCGAGAGACCACAGCCCCUGCCCAAGCCCAGGGCCCACCCUGGCUACGAAAGACCCCCCAGGAGACCAUCCAGACUUGUAGUGAGCAGUGUCCCCUUUGGAGAAAGACAGCAAUACAGCUAAUGUCCCCUUUUUAAAGAGGCAGAGUCCAAUCCUUGCUCGUCUUGCAAUCUGAUGCUUAUUCUAACCUGAGCCCCGGGACCCGGCAGUGAAGAACGGGCUGAUGGACUUCAGAACAGACCACGGCUGGGCCAGAGCUGGACAUCCGCCUUCUGUAAAGAUGGACUACCUAUAAACCUCUAGGCUGCUUCUGCCCCUGGAGCAGGCAGGUCUCCUCUUGGCUACUGGAGGGUAGAGAAGACGCUGACCCUUUCUGUCCAGAAGGCCAGUGUCUUUGCCCUGGGUUCGUUCAGUAUCCGUCACCAGGUCCCCAGUUCCUCUUAGCCCAGAGGCAGGACCUGUGAGCUCCACCAUGUCCAGCACGACCAAAAAGACAGGUUGGUGUCUUCUUUUUUCUCUUUUGGAAACAUCUGGAUGUGUACCUGUCCUGUGGGGAGGGAAGACGUCACUCACAGUGCCAAAUGCGCACCAGAUGGCUCAUUCACCGUUCGCCUACGUCUGUUUUUAUAAGAUCAAAAUUAAAAACCCAUUGGGAUUAAAUACUUUUGACCAGGAUACACUCUUGGGAAACUUGAGGACCCACUGAGGCUUCUUCCCAGUGGGGCCACACGUUGACAGAACCCGCCAGCUUCUGCGGAUGCAUGUGGUGGCAUCGAUGACCAGCUGAUCCGUGCAGGCCGUCCCUGUCUCUAGCCGCUAACACCCUGUGCUUUCAAAUGCCCACCCUCCGCCCUCUGCAGCUUAGAGCAGACCUUUCCUGGUGUUGGGUUUUGGUUUUUUGAUAGGAUUAUUGAACCGACACAAGCAUCCCGACGAGCCUCAGUCUUUCCUUAAUGCCAUGAUGCGUUUCAACUGGGAUCCUUUGAAGUCAGCUCCUUGGAGAGCUUACAGAACGUCAGGCCCAUCGCUUUAAAGACUGCCAAGCAGCCCAAAAGGGAGAGCAGUGGCGAUGUUUUCGGGAGGGUGAUAAAAGGGGGGCACUUUGGGAGGGGGAUUGGGUAGCUUUAGGCAGAGACAGGAGCCUUGGGCUCAGACGGCCUUUCCAUAGGGGGCAGAGUCAAAGGGCAUGACCUUCCUAUGUCCUUGACGAGACAUGGGGUCACUUGAGGUCAGCUGUUGAGAGUGUUUGGGACCCUCAGAGGUGGGCUUUCUCCUGGGAGAUUUUCAUUUUCAUUUUAUCAUCAAACAGAAUAAAAAAUCGAAACCGACUUUGUAAGCUAGAAUAAUGAGAUGAAGUCAUUUUCCACUUUGUAUAUAUUGAUGCUAAUAAAACAA